AUGGAGCGCCUCAGAGAGGAACGAAGAGGCAACUCGGAAGAAGCGGGAGCAAACUGCUGGGAACGAGAAUGCUCUGGAGAAAACGCAUCAGGAUAUGAUAUAUACGAGGCUUCUGGAGGCGAAGAGGAAGAUGAGGAUGAGGGUGAAGAGAAGAAGAAGAGGAAAAAGAGGACGGAAGAAGGACGACGAGGGGGUUUAAGUAGACUUGACGGCGGGAGGAGGCUGGGAGGAGGGCGGCGAGCAAAGGCGGAAGCAGACGUCGAACCCCUCUUUUUUUCUGCCAGCUGCCAGCCCCUCCUUUUUGAGCAGGAAAGAGGAGGAGAAGAGGAGAAGAAGAAGAAGAAGAAGAAGAAGAAGAAGAGAGUGCAAGGAGAGUGCAGGAAGUGUCUGCUUACCAGGCACUGUGUAGGCACAAGCAAGGAGGAGGGGGAGGAGGAGGAGGAGGAGGAACACAGAAGGGCGGAGACAGGGCAGGGACAGCGAGGACGCAGACAGAAGACAGUGGAAGCGGAAGAAGAGGGAGAGGGAGAGGAAGAAGGAGAUGGUGGAGGAGAAGAAGAAGAGACUUACUUUCUAGGAGUGACAGAGGCCCAGACAGUCACUGUAUAUGCCAGGGAUCUAGUGGCUAGACACACUAGAGAGGAUAUAUCUGUGCAGAGAAAGAAAGAAAGAAAGAAGAAACGAAGAGUGAAAAGGGGGUAUUUUUAUAGGGCAAGGAAGAGGUAUAAUAAGGCUAGAAAGCCUUGCAUCACUUCUAGGGCCAAUUCCACCAUAUUCACUUCACUUCUUCUUCCUCUUCUGCUUCUUUCUGUUGCUGGCUCUUUGGAGGUAUCUGGGUAUCUUAUUUCCAUGGCUGGCUCUCAUCUGGCCUUUGAAAGACACGCGGGUCAGUGA